GAAGUUGAUGAGGCAUUGACUGAAUUCUUCUCACACUAAACAAAAUCCCUCCACUCUGUUUUCCUCUGCAAAUCUUUUCAUUCUCUGCAAUUCAUCUUCUCCGUAAGAUCUUCUGCUAUCGAUUUCAUUUAGGGAAGUGAAAGCCUCAUCAGAAACAUUCAGAAUCAUAGUAAGAAAACCCAUUGAUUUUUUUUUUUCAACAUUUUGAACUAUCAGGAUUUGAUUAGGCUUCAAGAAAAUGGGGUACAAGGCGAAGAACAAAUCCAAAGACAACUCUAAAGGAAAAGUUGGAGCGGCCUCAAAGGGAUUUCAUCAAGAUUCAUUCCGCAGUAAUCCAACAGUUCGUCAGAACGGAAAUCCCACCAAUUAUCCAGCAGGAAUUCGUCAGAACAAUGCUUACUCAUAUGGGAAUCUAGCUGAAUUCAGUGAGGCUGAAGUUGAACGGGCAUACUAUCAAUAUCUGGGUAUAACUUAAUUUUCAAUUAAAUGUUCAAUUUUUUACUUUACGGCUGUAAUGAAUUAGAACCAUUAAUAAAGAGUUAAUUCUUGAUUACCACAGAGAAAUAUGAGAUGACCGAAAUGGUACUCAAAGAAUCAUCUAAUCAAGACCAGAAUACUAGUCCACCUGGUGCAUCUGCUGUGGAAUCCCCUGAUAUUAUGAAUAUAAAAGAAUCAAAUGAUCCCCACCCUGCUGCCGGUGGAUCUUCUGUUCUGGAAUCGUCUGAUUUGAAUAAAGAAGGUAUCUACACUUCUGGCAAUCGAGCUGCUGACAAAGAAACAGUGAAGGAAGCUUUGAUCACAGCAGAUAUGAAAGUGAAAGCAGAAUCCAACAGGACUAAAUGCGCAAUCUGUGAUAUUGACAAACCGACUAGGGGCAUGAAACAUGCUGCUAAAUGCGGGCACCGAUUCUGUUUGGGAUGUUUCAACAAUUAUGUUCUUGGAAAGAUUCACGAAGUCUUGGAUCCCAGUGUGUCAUGCCCAAAUAAGGAGUGCACUGAAAUCUUGAGUGACGAUGAAAUCUUGGCUCUUCUUAAUCCAUGUACUAAAACGAAAUGGCUUCUUGUUCAAAAUUAUCAGGUAACAAAGGAUAUCGAAGCCAAAUUCACUGCCCUUUCAUCCAGAGCCCAAGUAUGCUUGUCGAUGAUUGACAAUAUUCCCUGAUCACAAUUAGAUAGUACUUAGGACUUACGAUGGCUAGCUAGCUAACUAGCUUCUGGAAAAAGGUUACUGAGAACCUGGAAACAUUAAUGGCUUUUGUGUUUGUUUUGAGUUGGAUAGCUUCUUUGCAAAGGUUGAAUUUUUGAGGAAAUUGCAGUUCAAAGGCAAGCUUUAAAGAUUUGGUAUGGAUUUAGAGCCACAGUUUCUUUUACUGAAAUUCUAAAGUUUCCGUUCAUGUGUAAUGAUACAAUUUUUAGUUCAUUUCAUCCCUUGUUUCAUUGUAAUGAAGCUCUUUGAUGUGUUUCUCAAAACUUUCUUAAGGAUGAUGAUGUUGUUGUAAAUAUAAGUGGA